AUGUCGUCCGAUCCUCAGUUUACGUGGGUCGUAUCCGCUCGGGCCGGCGCGCAAGUUUUGAUGCUCCACUCGUCUCUCUAUCCACUUUUUGAUUUCCUUCUUAGCCAGGAAGCGCCACCGAAGCAACGUGAGUUUCCCGGCGCCAGACACGGAGAGGGCAGCGGAUUAAAUCCGCAUAAUCUGCGUUUCGCCACGUUUGCCACUAGUUUCGUGAUCGGGAUGAGGUGUACCUCACAGGCUUCUAAUAAGGUUGACGAAGAGUUGGUCGGCGAGCUCUUUCGAGGCUUCUCUGACUACUACCUUCCGGGUACUGAGAGUUGUGGCUUUUUUGGUAAGAGAAAAAAAAAGAAGAUGAAUGAUUUUUCAUCCUCAAUCAAGUUUCAAUCAGGCCAAUUCGACAAUUCUUCGGUCGACAGAACAGUUUCAAGUUUCACUUUGCAAUAUAGAAAAAAGUUAGUUAUUUAUAAUAAACUUCUUAAUGUAGAUGAUGUUAAAUCCAAUCAGCGUAGUUGAGGGAAAAAUGUGUGUUCAAGAGUCGAAACAGGUUUGAAAUGAACUAAUCCCCAAAAAAUUGACCCCAAUCUUUAAAAAAAGGAAGCUACUUCUGGAAAAUCAAUGAGAAAUAGUAUUUUGAACGCUGUUUUAUGUUUCAAAACGCGGAAACAAAAAAAUGAAUCCUAGAUUUGAAAAAGAAGACAAAAUGGAGUUCCGAGCGUCUUUUUUCUAUGGGUUGUCCUUGAUGUUAACGCGUUUUUUAAAGAAGACAAAAACUACAUUAAGAAUUAAUAUCCAACAAUAGAACGAAGGGACAGAACACGUCUUGGUGUGACAAAAUUCCAUUUUCAUGCAUGAACUGACUCAAAUAUUCUAUGAACAGACAAAAAGAGAGAAAAAAAUACUCUGUCAUACGUUGAACUUAUGGCUUUAGGCUUUCGAUAACAGUUUCUGUUAUUUGAGGCAAAGUAUUUAUUAAGACAAUUUUUUUUCAAACAGGUAAGUCAAUUAGAGUAUGCUUCAGAAAAAUUAUUUGUAUGAAAAAUUUACAAGAUUUUCGUUGAGCUUCAAAAUAAAAUUCAGGAAAUCUUUUGGAACUGCUUGCUAGAACUUCUUCUCCUACUAACACCUAUUUUAUUCUAUUACCCAGAAAAAGCUUUGUUUUCAGUUACCACGAGAAAAAAAUAAAUAAAAUCUCGCCGUGAACAAAAUAGUUCAAGAAAUGCGUCUUCUUUUCUUUGAAGAAAUUCCUUUUUUUAUUUUUCGUUGAUAUUGAAGUCUUCUCUCAUGGAAGGACGUUUCCCACAUAUUCCAGAGAAUUCCUGAAAAUGUGGAGGGAAACGUUUCGAAAAUCUGAGGGAAAAGAUCCGUCAUGGAAGUGGUUAAAACUGCAAAAAAAACAUGACUAGGUUAGAUCUUCAAUGAAGUCUCGGAGAACCUUCAGCCGUACUCCUAGAAAAUCAUAAGCUUGACUAGAAUGACCUUCUUUGUGAUUUUGUUUUCAAAUGUUAUUCAUCUCAAAAAGACGAAUAGACGAGCGCGCUGAAAACAAACUUCCUAAUGCAAAUUUAAGCUCCUCGGAAAGCACUUUUCACAAAUAAUGGUGAGAAGUCUGCUCCCGGUCUAAUAUAUCACAAAACAAAUUGAAAAUGGACGGGAUAACGAGAGAAAUUGACUUACCGCUUUCUCCUCUGCCAUUGUCCGAAAGACUGGCUUCGAAAUGCUAAGCUCGACUUUUUCUCGUUGGUUUCGUCUCCCUCAAUACCUCAAUAAUUUUGUAAAGUGCAAGAAGAGGAAAAACCGAAAAAGAAGAAGUCAAAGCGAACCGAUAAUGAAUAGAGAGGAAAUUGCCUUCAAUAUGCACGAAAAAACGGUUUUCGCAGCCUUUGGAUAAAACUAGAGAGAUUAAGCUGAACGUUGAGCUGAGCUUCUUUUCUCGAGAAACGUAAUGUUUUUGCAGUUCACAUCAUCAAAAAUAUAAAAGAGAGCACAUUAUAUUGUUACUCUUCUCGCUCAAGCUUGCAGAUGUUAUUUCCCAAAAUCCCUGCCGAAAAAUCGUGAAGAUUAAGUGGAAUGACGUUUAAAUUUGAUCAUUUCUCUUUGUUUGGGCACAAAUUGAGGCUAGUCAGCUUUUUCAUCCAUUAAUGAUCUUUUUUCACGCUAGAGUAGUUCCGGGGCCUUUUUGAUUUCAAGUGGUAAGAAAACAGAAAGUUAGAAAAACAAAGAGAUCUACUGAAGAUUCAAAUAAAACUUUUCCAGAAGGUUUUAUAAAACUGAAAAAGAGUAAGUGAAAGCCCAAACAAAGACAGAAGUGGAAUAAUUAUUGUGGUGAACAGCGAAAACGGCGACUUCUAGAAAAAUAGAAGCUUUCUUCUGGAUGCAAAUUAAAUCUGUUUUUUGAAAGGCUACAUUUUGAAAAUUUCAAUGGAAAUGAUCAAUUUUCCGAGUUUUCGUUGGAAAAAAAAUCCCCAUCUGGCUAAGGAAUAGUUUUCUUUAGAUAAGUAUCAACCUCUUCUUUCAAGUUUCUGAAAAUCGGGCUAUUUAUCCUCAAAUAUGGUUUUGAGGCAGCGAUGAAUACAUUAAAAGCUUUUUUUACUUUGAAAAAAAGUAAAGCAUACUCAGCGUUUUUCAGAUCUGGGAAAAAAAUAUCCAGUGAAAAUAUGAAAUCAAGAAGCUUUUGCGAUCAGAAAAAAAUUUUUGAAAAAAAUGAAAAAAAAAAAAAAGACGAUUGCACUUUCCGUCCUUUGCUUCAGCUUCAUUGGACCUACUUGAAGAGUCCUCAAAACAUGAAAAAAGGCGUUUAAGGCAAGAAGCUCAAGUAACUGCCGCAACAAUAUUGUUUGGAGGAAAGAGUCAUUUUGCCUUCCUCAUUAUUUCUUCUCUCGAGGUGAAAAAAGCCAUCGUCGUUUGAAAAAUUUCUAGUCACAACUACCUUACUUAGCAAUUAUAAAAAGACAAGCCAAAACAGAUCGAGUGAAAAAGUAACUGCACCUUGAGGGUUUUUUUCACUGGAAAGGUUCAACUUUAGGGACAACAUUCAGUAAAUUUCUUUUCUUGAAAAUAAAUUGUGAAUUUUAUUGAGAAAAAAAUGAGUCAGGUCUCAAAAACAUAGAAGAUCAAAGUUGAAACGUUUGAGUUUUGUGUUGGUUGAAACUAAAAAUAUUUCGGAGCUUUUAUGAAGCUUCUGUAUCACGAGCUGGUAAUUCUCUCAAUGAACAAAAAUAAUAAAUUGAGUGGUUCAAGCCGCUCAAGAAAAUUGAGCACAGUUUUUAAAAAUUCAGAAACCAACCAUCCUGUGUGUAUCUCACUUCUUCGGAAAAUGUGUUUGAUACAAAGUAUCGGCAUUUCCUUUAGAAAUCGGUUCAAUUGAAAUUUUAGCACUACCCAGGCUUGUGCGAGGGCCGGCAUGUCACCCUCCCGGCCCCCCGACCAUUUUGUAAGCCCGGCCCGGCCUUAGCGGGCCUCAAGAAAAAUUGGCCCGCCCGGCCCGAAUCGCGCAAUUUUUUCUAGUCGGAUAUCAAAUUAUUUUACGACAAAAAAAUUACGUUUUUUUGCUCAUUUUUUUCUAAUAAAAAUUAACAAAAACUAUGAUUUCAGAAGUAAAAGUCACAUUUCGGUGAAAAAUUCUUUAAAUGAAAUUUUUAAUGAAGCCCGGUCCGGCCCGAGCCCACGCGGGCUUUUUCCUGAAAACAAGGCCCAAAGCCUGGGCCAGACCGGCCCAGGCCGGGCCGCCCGGCUUGACGCACAAGCCUGGCACUACCUUGAUGCUGUUAUCCUGA